AUACAGAUGACCCACCAAGAAUCACUCAGAACCCGGUCAUCAAUGGGAAUGUAGCCCUGAGUGAUGGGCACAGCAAUGCAGAGGAAGACAUGGAGGACGGGGAGUAACGGGGCAGUUGAAAGAAACCAUCAGGCACGGGCUGCACCACCAGAAGGACUGCUGUUCAGACCUCCUGCCAAAAGUUCAGCCUCCAUGCGAAACUGCAGCCGCAGUUGAGAGUUCUCUCACAGUGCGGUUUACCCCUGGCAGCUGGCUGAGGCAAUUUCUGAGGAAGACACCAGUUGGCGCUCCGAGGCAACUUUUCAGUUCACUGUCGAGCGCUUCAGCAGACUGAGUGAGUCGGUCCUUAGCCCUCCGUGUUUUGUGCGAAAUCUGCCAUGGAAGAUUAUGGUGAUGCCACGCUUUUAUCCAGACAGACCUCACCAAAAAAGCGUAGGAUUCUUUCUCCAGUGCAAUGCUGAAUCUGACUCCACGUCGUGGUCCUGUCAUGCACAAGCAGUGUUGAAGAUAAUAAAUUACAGGGACGAUGACAAAUCAUUCAGCCGUCGAAUCAGUCACUUGUUCUUCCACAAGGAGAAUGACUGGGGAUUCUCUAAUUUUAUGGCCUGGAGUGAAGUGACUGAUCCUGAGAAAGGAUUUAUAGACGAUGAUAAAGUCACCUUUGAAGUUUUCGUACAGGCGGAUGCUCCCCAUGGAGUUGCGUGGGACUCAAAGAAGCAUACGGGCUAUGUCGGCUUAAAGAAUCAGGGAGCUACGUGUUACAUGAACAGCCUGCUGCAGACUUUGUUUUUCACAAAUCAACUAAGAAAGGCUGUGUACAUGAUGCCAACGGAGGGUGAUGACUCCUCCAAAAGCGUCCCCUUGGCUCUGCAGAGAGUGUUCUAUGAGCUGCAGCACAGCGACAAGCCUGUUGGAACAAAGAAGCUCACCAAGUCAUUCGGGUGGGAAACGUUAGAUAGCUUCAUGCAACACGACGUUCAAGAGCUUUGUCGAGUGUUGCUUGAUAAUGUGGAAAAUAAGAUGAAAGGCACAUGUGUAGAAGGCACCAUUCCAAAGUUAUUCAGAGGCAAAAUGGUGUCUUACAUUCAGUGCAAAGAAGUGGAUUACCGUUCUGAUAGGAGAGAAGAUUAUUAUGAUAUCCAGCUAAGUAUAAAAGGAAAGAAAAAUAUAUUUGAAUCGUUUGUGGAUUAUGUGGCUGUAGAACAACUAGACGGUGACAACAAGUACGACGCUGGGGAACACGGCCUGCAGGAAGCAGAGAAAGGUGUGAAAUUCUUAACUUUGCCACCAGUGUUACACCUGCAACUGAUGAGGUUUAUGUAUGACCCUCAGACGGACCAAAACAUCAAGAUCAACGAUAGGUUUGAGUUUCCAGAACAAUUACCACUUGAUGAAUUUUUGCAAAAAACAGACCCCAAGGACCCUGCAAAUUAUAUUCUCCAUGCAGUCCUGGUUCACAGUGGAGAUAAUCAUGGUGGACAUUACGUGGUUUACCUAAACCCCAAAGGGGAUGGCAAAUGGUGUAAAUUUGAUGAUGACGUCGUAUCCAGGUGUACUAAAGAAGAAGCUAUUGAGCACAAUUAUGGGGGUCACGAUGAUGACCUGUCUGUUCGACACUGCACAAAUGCCUAUAUGUUAGUGUACAUCAGGGAAUCAAAGCUGAGCGAAGUGUUACAAGCUGUCACCGACCAUGAUAUCCCUCAGCAGUUGGUGGAACGGUUGCAAGAAGAGAAAAGGAUCGAGGCCCAGAAGCGGAAGGAACGGCAGGAAGCCCAUCUCUACAUGCAAGUGCAGAUAGUCGCAGAGGACCAGUUUUGUGGCCACCAAGGAAAUGACAUGUACGAUGAGGAGAAAGUAAAGUACACCGUGUUCAAGGUUUUGAAGAACUCGUCCCUCGCAGAGUUUGUUCAGAGCCUCUCUCAGACCAUGGGAUUUCCACAAGAUCAAAUUCGACUAUGGCCUAUGCAAGCAAGGAGUAAUGGAACAAAGCGACCAGCAAUGUUAGAUAAUGAAGCUGACGGCAAUAAAACAAUGAUUGAAUUGAGUGAUAAUGAAAACCCUUGGACAAUAUUCCUGGAAACAGUUGAUCCUGAGCUGGCUGCUAGUGGAGCAACAUUGCCCAAGUUUGAUAAAGAUCAUGAUGUAAUGUUAUUUUUGAAGAUGUAUGAUCCUAAAACACGGAGCUUGAAUUACUGUGGACAUAUCUACACACCCAUAUCCUGUAAAAUACGUGACUUACUCCCAGUUAUGUGUGACAGAGCAGGAUUUAUCCAGGAUACUAGCCUUAUCCUCUAUGAGGAAGUUAAGCCGAACUUAACAGAGAGAAUUCAGGACUACGAUGUAUCUCUUGAUAAAGCCCUUGAUGAGCUGAUGGAUGGUGACAUUAUUGUGUUUCAGAAGGAUGACCCUGAAAACGAUAACAGUGAAUUACCCACUGCAAAAGAAUAUUUCAGAGAUCUCUACCACCGUGUCGAUGUCAUCUUCUGUGAUAAAACAAUCCCCAAUGACCCUGGGUUUGUGGUUACGUUAUCAAAUAGGAUGAAUUAUUUUCAGGUUGCAAAGACAGUUGCACAGAGGCUCAACACAGAUCCCAUGCUGCUGCAGUUUUUCAAGUCUCAAGGUUACAGAGAUGGCCCUGGUAACCCUCUUAGACAUAAUUAUGAAGGUACUCUAAGAGAUCUUCUACAAUUCUUCAAGCCAAGACAACCUAAGAAACUUUAUUAUCAGCAGCUGAAGAUGAAAAUCACAGACUUUGAGAACAGGAGAAGUUUUAAGUGUAUAUGGUUAAACAGCCAAUUUAGGGAAGAGGAAAUAACACUAUACCCAGACAAGCAUGGCUGUGUCCGGGACCUGUUAGAAGAAUGUAAAAAGGCCGUGGAGCUUGGUGAUAAAGCAUCAGGGAGACUUAGGCUGCUAGAAAUUGUGAGCUACAAAAUCAUUGGUGUGCAUCAGGAGGAUGAGCUAUUGGAGUGUCUGUCCCCCGCGACAAGCCGGACGUUUCGAAUAGAGGAAAUACCUUUGGACCAGGUAGACAUAGAUAAGGAGAAUGAGAUGCUAAUCACAGUGGCGCAUUUCCACAAAGAGGUGUUUGGGACUUUUGGAAUUCCAUUUUUGCUGAGGAUACACCAGGGCGAGCAUUUCAGAGAAGUGAUGAAGCGAAUUCAGAGCCUGCUGGAUAUCCAGGAAAAGGAGUUUGAGAAGUUUAAAUUUGCAAUUGUCAUGAUGGGCCGGCACCAGUACAUCAAUGAAGAUGAAUAUGAAGUGAAUUUGAAGGACUUUGAGCCACAACCUGGUAACAUGUCUCAUCCUCGGCCUUGGCUAGGGCUCGACCACUUCAACAAAGCCCCAAAGAGGAGUCGCUACACUUACCUUGAAAAGGCAAUUAAAAUCCACAACUGACUUCCUUCCCGUGUCCAAGGCGAGGGACAGCUCGUGGGUGUGUGCCCUUUUUAACAGCCGUAGAACUUUGGUGCACGUGCACUCUAGCCCAAGUCUCCAGCAAGAGGAUUUGCUGCUGAUGUUAAUUUUAUUUUGUUGAGGCUGUUCAGUUUGGCUUCUCUGUAUCUAUUGACUGCCCUUUUUGAGCAAAAUGAAGGUGUUUUUAUAAAGCUUGGAUGCCAAUGAGAGUUAUUUUAUGGUAACCACAAUGCAAGGCAACCAUCAGCAUCACGGGAGAAGAGAUUCCUAGGAUGCGAGUCCCUGGCAGAGGCGUCCGGUUGGUGCAGACAGCCUGGCCCCUGCCCGGGUCCUGCACAGCUCUGCAGUCAGAGCUAGUCAGGCCCAUGUGUAGGCUCGUCCAACUCUUCCUUCAGUUAGACUUUGAGUGAUCAGUGCACAUCUGUAAAGGCAAACCAGAGAAACCACCCUACGCAAAGCACUCUGCUUCACUGUGUGUGCUGCUGGCCCUUUCUGGGCUUCCUCUCCUCAGCUGCCUUGGGGUGUUUUUAAUAAACAUCUCAGUUCGGCAGCCAUUGGCAAAGUGGAUACACUGAGUUAAGUCCUGACAGCUAGGGGUCUUUUUAUACAUGGAGAACAUUGUUAGAUACAUACAAUUAAGGUUUACUCUGUUGCCUCUUGGCAAACAUAAUGAUCUGAGCAGGUGAAAGAAUCACUCUAGGUUUCUGUGAGGAUGGAGUGGAUGAGCAGCAAAGGAGAGCGCCUUUUAGCAAGAGCGCAUGCUCGCUAGUGGUUAGUAAGCUGUUGACUUUGUAAAAAAGAUAAAAGAAAAACAGGAAAAAAAAGGAAAAUUAAAUUGUAUAUUUAAUGAAUGAAACCUGUACAAUUUGCCCCUGGGAGGAGGUCUUUUCUGUUGGGUGAGUGCAAGUGAACUUGGCCGACUUGGACACUCUGUGUGUAGCUUUAUUUGAGUCCUCUCUUCGUCCUUUUGUUGGAGCUAAUGCCAGCUGCGUGUCUAGUUUUGAGUGCAAAUAGAAUCAGCAAGCCACACCUCUUUUCCCUCCCUCCCCAGUACUUCCGUUUGUUUCUGUAGCAGCAGUGUACACCAACUCUCCUGUAUAUUGCCUUUUUGCUGGAAAAUGUUGUAUGUUGAAUAAAAUUUUCUAUAAAAAUUAUAACCCAGUGAGUGCUGUGGAAGCCGAGGACGAGUAUCCUCUCCCUGGAAACAGGCCUGGGAGCCUUGCAUUGAGUCAGGGGUUCAACCACUAUGUAUUUUUCUUAGAUAUUGGAUUUUUCCUUUGGGUGGCAGUUUUUUUUGUCUUGCACUGCAGGCCUAGAACAUGCUAUGUAGACCAGACUGGUCUUGAACUCAGAGAUCCACCUGCCUCUGCCUCCCAAGUGCUGGGCUCAAAGGUGUGAACCACCACCCCUGGCUUCAGUUUGGUUUUGGCCUCUAACAUUUGAGCUUGAGAAACAAAGUUUUUGUAAGGCAUCGAGGCACAGGCCUCUGGUCCUAACAGUCAGCCAACCUGUGCUCCAUAGCUCCUGUCCAGAGUUUGGGGUGUAACUGAUGGUGGAGUACUUGCCUGGUGUAUGCAAGGCCCUGGGCUUCAUCCCUCAGGAUCUAAGGAAAACCCAAGAGUCCUCACUGGGACUGCGGAGAUUGGAGGUCUCUGGCUGAGCUGUCCACAGGAGGGUAUCGCUGGCCUGGUUCUGAGCCACCUGCACGCUGGCUUCCAAUUUCCUUUUGCACUAUGAAUUGUGUGCCUUCCAAUAACUUGUGUUGUACAGAUCAGUGGGAUAGGGAGCAGAUCAUGGGGGCCCUGAAGGCCUUGAUCCUGUUGUGCCCUUUGGCCUUUUACAAACGAGAAGUUACUGGCGGUUAUAGGCAAGGCAAUGAGGACUGCUCACCCAGUGUCGGCCUUGUUUGAGGGCUUGUUGGGGCUGGUCAGUCUUAGGUACCCACAAUUUCUAUUCCCCCUUAAAUAUUAAAUGACUAUUUUUCAAAGAA